AGAACCGUUCACUGCGCUCGGAAUCCGUGAAACUGCGCCACAAACUUGCUCGAAUUUUUCUUUCCAUCGGUGCUAGUGAACAAGGGUCCACUAGCACUAAUGGAAAGAAGUUGCUAAUCUGGAUAAGGAUGACACGGCUCGGAUGAAACCAUGCAGUGACCGAUUCCGCGGUCGCGAUAGAUAAGAUGCAUCGAAGACAUCGCCGCUUUUAUUGCUGCUUCUCUUUUUUUACUUCACGGCGGGCGCCCUUCGCGAGGCGAAGUUUGCGUUCUUGGGCCGGGUGCAACCGACCCGCGGUCUCGUGUGCACAGGGGGUUAUCUGCCACUCGAACUGGUCACUCGUGAGCCGUUGUCGGAGACUGCGCCCAGGAAUUUUUCGGCCGAGAACUCGGGGGAAAUCAGCUCAAGAAAAGGCGGCUCCAUUGAACCCGAUUCUUCGUCGGUUGCCUGGUCAUGCCCAAGAUCGACGUGGACUGCGAACAAGCGCUUCUGAAGACCUCGGCGGUCGCCGGCAAGCGGUACGAGUCUAUCGUGAACGCCGGCUCGUCGCUCAUCUACUGCUCAGCCCAGGGAGACCCCGAUGACCCGCUGCCGUCCGGGCUGCACCUGGUGCCCAGGAACUCCGUGUCACAGGCAAGCACGGUCGAGCACUGCCACAGCCCGGAUGACGUGGAAGUGGACACACUCGCCCGCAAGAAACUCAUCUUCGCCAGCGUGCUGUGCCUGGUGUUUAUGCUCAUCGAGAUUGUCGGAGGCCUGCUGGCUAACAGCUUGGCGAUAGCGACGGACGCGGCCCACCUGCUGACCGACUUUGCGAGCUUCAUGAUCAGCCUCUUCUCGCUCUGGCUGGCCCAUAGGCCACCCACGCUUCGCAUGAGCUUCGGCUGGUACAGGGCAGAGGUGAUCGGCGCGGUGACGUCGGUUCUGCUCAUCUGGGUGGUGACCGGCGUGCUGGUCUACAUGGCCGUCCAGAGGAUCCUGGUGGAGGAGUACGAGAUCAACGCCACCAUCAUGCUCGUCACGGCGGGCGUCGGCAUCAUCGUCAACAUCAUCAUGGGAGCUGCGCUCCAGAUAGGCGGCGUUCCGCACGGCCAUUCGCACGGCUCUUCGCACGGUUCGGACCACGGGUCGGACCACGGGUCGCCCUCCAAGGAAUCGGACGAGGAGCGGGGGACAGACGGCUUCCCGUCCCCGGUGAGCACGGUGAGCUCCGUUGGAGCCAAGGGCACGGGCAACAUCAACGUCCGCGCCGCACUCAUCCACGUCAUCGGAGACUUCCUCCAGAGCCUGGGCGUCUUCGUGGCCGCCCUCAUCAUCUACUUCAAGCCCGAGUACCGGAUUGCGGAUCCGCUCUGCACCUUCCUGUUCUCGGUACUGGUUCUGCUGUCCACGGUGGCCAUCCUGCGCGAGGCCCUCACGGUACUGAUGGAGGGCAAGCCGAACAGCAUCGACUUUCGCCAGGUCCAGGGACUGCUUGCCCGGCAGCCCGGCGUGUACCAGGUCCACAACCUGCGCAUCUGGGCCCUGUCUAUGGACAAGAUCGCCCUCUCCGCCCACAUCGUCAUCCGGCCCAAUGAAGACGCGAUGCACACCCUCAAGGCCUGCUCCCGGCUCAUUCGCUCCAACUACGACAUCUUCGAGCUCACGCUGCAGGUGGAGGAGUACCACGCGGUCAUGGACGACUGCGUCAAGUGUAACGGCCCCCAGAAGUGAUUCAACGACCCGCGAGUUAACCCACGACAACCAAGGCCCCGGAAAGGGUGCUGGCCCGAAAGGCGCGCGAUGUGCUUCACAGAGGAGUCGCGAGCUACGUCGUUCACAAGAUGCAACCGCGGACAUCCACACGCGUUUCGCGGCCUUUCCAUGAACGUUUUACGACAAUUUCCUGGACGUUUUAUAGAUGCGUUUGAUACGCGUUCCAUGGUAAUUUUACGGACGUUUUGCCUUCCGUAACGCGUUAUUGUGCACACAGCCCACCUUCCCCAAUGAACCUCCCCAGGUUCAUUUGCGAUGCUGUCUGCCGGAGACGGUAUGAGGAAAUGGAGCUGUAUACUAUGCGUCAUUGGCUGUGUGGCAUAACGAAGUUACAAUUUAUGUAAUCGUUUUCCAGCUGAGAGAACAUAUGAAGCUGGCUUUCAACCGUCCCAGUUUUUUUAGAAGAACUGUCGAUAAAGCAGCUAAUGAUUGACACGAUCAGUGUCGCUGGAACGGAUGACUUCAUCGUCUCAAUGCUUCUAAGUUUCACUACAUCUAUGAAGGGAAAAAAUGGUAUUUGUUUAUUAGAGUAGACAAGUCGCUGCAGAUGCCCGUUGAAAAGCACUUCUUGUGGAGUGUCAGAGCAAGUUCGGACGUGUUACGAAUUCGUUGUAAAUAAUUACUGCGAUAGUUUCCCUUAUCUUAGCAAGUAUAGCCAUCAAACGACUGCACGUUAAAAUGUGGCCAUACACGGAUGAGUGACGUUUCACUAGUGGCCUCGAGUACUGCUAGCGCCGUGUUCGGUUGGCAGACAGCGGUCGUGGCGGGACUAUGGAAUGAACGUCGUCGAAGCUACUUGCCGCCAUUUUGGUGCGGCAGCUGAGGUCACGUGGCCUGGAAAUUUCGUGUAGUUCUUGACGUUGUACACACGCAAUUUAAGAGCGUUUUUAGUACCCUCUUUUUAGCACAAUUGAAAUAAAUCUGUAUUUUUUUAUUGCGGCAUCUUUUA